AUGGAUCAAGAUUUAAUUGAAUGGGGUUGUUGUUCUUUAGGGUUUGAAGAUAAUAUUUAUAAGCUUUGCAACACUUGUAACAAGGCAUAUCAUCUUAAAUGUCUAAACAAUGAUGUCGACAAUUUGAAAGCGAUAAAGCAUGCUACUGACUGGAUCGGUCCAUGUUGCAUUAGACCUCUCCACGCGACUGGCAAUAAGGAUAACACACCAGUAAAAUGUGACCCUAAUAUUACAGUACGAGCCUCCAAAAGACAGGCAUUGUCAUCCCCCCCGGAAAUUGAAAUUGAAGGCCCUGUAACACGUACAGAGGUGCGUAACAUUAUGGAGGAAAUUAUUCAAAAGCAUAUAUCAGACCUUAUGGUUCAGAUGACCAAAAACGGGUUAUUUUGUUUAAUUAAAGGCACUAUAAAAUCAUCAUCGUCUGGUACGAUAAUAAUGUUCUCCAAUCCGAAACGUAAGAAAAAAGAGUUGCCGGGAGAAGAAGUCUUUGAAGAAACGACUGAGGAGGAAGAAGCUGGCACUAGUACUAUGGAAGUAUCUGAGAAAGAGCAGCGCAAGUAUAAGUAUUAG